CUUCACAGCCUCUGUCAGCUUCCUCUGACCAUGCAGCCUUCGACUACCCUUCCUCUCGAUUGAUCAUGUAUUGUUACAGAUGUGGGAUGUAUCCUAUCAUCGAGAGCUCCACCACUGCCCCCGUCAUCGUCAACGGUGUUACACCAAAGUAGAUCAGCAUGCAAAUGUUAAAAAAACAAACACGUUUCUUAUUACAGUCUGCAGCCGUUUGGUCCACCUCUUCUACUGCAGAGGGUUUCAGAGUCUGAGCGAGGAGUUACGAAUCCCCAGGAAGAGUUGGACUCGUAAUCAAAAACCUGGAAACGAAGGUCUGAUCCUCAACAAUGGCGCUUCUGGUAGAAGUCCGGUUUGUAUUGAACCUAAUUCUAAAAAAUUGGCGUCAUCUCCGGUGGUGCCCGACAGAAAAGUUCCGGUUCUGUAUUACCUAUCUCGGAAUGGUCAGCUUGAACAUCCUCAUCUCAUCGAUGUCCCUCUCUCUUCAUCUCAUGGUCUCUAUCUAAGAGAUGUUAUGAACACCUUGAAUUGUCACAGAGGAAAAGGAAUAGCGAACAUUUAUUCAUGGUCUUUCAAAAGGAGCUACAAAAGCGGAUACGUAUGGCACGACGCGUCCGAAAACGAUUUGAUCCAACCAACCAACGGCCAUGAUUACGUCCUCAAAGGUUCAGAGCUUCUCCAAACACUGACGUGUCAAAAUCAGGCGGAGACGUACCAUUCCGGCGACAAUUUUGGCUCUACGACGGCACCGGCGGUCGUCAGAAGGAAUCAAUCAUGGAGCUCGUUCGACAAUCCGCAGGAAUGUUUAGUCGUGAAAUGUGAAUCGAAUAGAGAGCUCGCGGCGAAGUUCGCUCCUGAUGCGGCGACGCAGACGGAGGAGCAGGGGCGUCAGGAACAUGUGGCUGUAGAGCUAAGUACCGACGAGAUACCGUCACCGCCGCCUUCGAAUUCGAGCUCGGAGGUUUCAGAGGCGGUGAAUGGAUCGAGAUACGUUGAUCAAUCGGAGAAGGUGAUAGAGACGACGGAGGAUCGGCAUGGUGGGAGUGGUAGGAUGAAAGUUUCACAGGUUUUGAUGCAGCUGUUUACUUGUGGAGCUGACUCAUCUAGACAUGUCAGGCCUGUGGAAGGAAAACAGGAUCAAGCGUGUCAGACAGACAAGCAGGUCGCGUGUAUGAUAAAAGCUUUAAAAAAUGAAUCAUAAAUGUAAGACGAUGGUGUAACCAGUUUUCACUUUUGUGAACAUUCGUGUUUGAAAUUUAUUAAAAGCACAUUUGAAUUUUGUAAAUUUUUUGGAAAAUGAUUUGGAACUUUUCAUAAGUUCUAAGUUCAUAUCUAG